AUGGCUAGGAUAACAAAGUCAAAUAAGGAGGUCAGUGUGUUGAUUAGGAGUGGACAUGCUGUUAGUGAUCAUGGUGGAUCCAGUGGGUUUAAUACAAAGGGCAAUAGCAUAGGAUUGUCUAUUGAUGACAAAGAAGAUGAAGAAUCAGAGGAAACAGAAGAUGUAGACGAAGAAGAAAUUGAUCUAGAAGAUACACUUAUUGGCUCAUUAAUAGAUGAAGAUGAAUUAGUAUCAAGAAAGCCCAAAUGCCCAGAGUUCAAUGAAGAAUGUGACAUGAAAAAUCCUCAAUUCAGAAUUGGAAUGAAGUUUAGGGAUUUCAAACAAUUUAAAGAGGUUGUUAAGAACUAUGGAAUAAAGAAUAGAUAUGUUAUGGCUUUUAAGCCCAAUUCCAAGAAAAGGUGUAAAGCAAUAUGUAAGAGGGGUUGUCCAUUUUAUUUAUGGGCAUCAUCAACAAUGAAGGAUGGAAGUACAAUCCAAAUAAAAUCAGGGAAAUUGGAGCAUGAGUGUUCAAAGGAUCAACAUAAUAGGCAUGUGAAUGUGGAUUGGAUAGCAAGAAAUUACUUGGAACAAUUCAGAGUUGAUCCCUCAUGGAAGAUAUCUGGCAUCAUCCAGGUUGUGAAGACAAAUCAAGAGGUUCAAAUUAGUAGAUUAAAGGCUUACAGGGCAAAGUCGAUAACACUCAGAUGUGAUGAAGGUAAAUUUCAGUGCAUGUAUGUCUACUUAGCUCCAUUGAGGGAGGGAUUUUUAGCAGGGUGCAAACAAAUUAUAUCAGUGGAUGGAUGCUUCCUUAAAGGACUAUAUGGUGGACAACUCAUUUCAGUAGUGGGGAUAGAUGCUAAUGAUUGCAUCUAUCCUGUUACCUGA